CCGGGCCACGAGCCCCAGCAGCGUACACAUGGUCCGCACCACGAACCUGGGGACACAGGAGGUGGUGAUUGUGUGUCUUCGGGCCAGGCCCAGCCCUGACACUACCCAAACGCCUGCGUCUGAACCUGCGAAGGACGCUGUCUGGCAGCGCGCAGCUGACCAAGAAGACGUGGAUCCCGAGAAAGAGGCGCAGGACGAGGAGGCAGAACCCGACCGGCGCGUAGAGCAGCAGCGCGAGCAGCAGAAAGCCGUCACCUGGGAGCCUGGGGGCGAGAGGCGAAGUGAUCGGGCACCGAAGGCCAAGAGGACGCGAGGAUCGGCCUCUUCCCGCCGGGGCUCUUACCGGUGAGAGUCAAAGAGCCUCUCCGGCCCCGGCGCUGAGGGAAGCUCCAUAACUGCAGCUUCAGGAGCGCCCGGCCGCCGCUGCCGCCAUCUUCGCGCCCGGCCGCAAGGGCUCCUGGGAAGGCGGAGUCUUCGGGCAUCCGCCCGGGGUGACUGGACCUGAAGUCCUGAGGCGCCCCGGAAGGGCUAGCAGUUCCAGCAUGCCCCGCGGCCCCUUGGGCCGUCUCACAACUCUGGUCCCGCAGAGACCACAAUUCCCGGCAUUCGCGGGAUGGGGAGGAGGCGGCCUCCCGGAAUCCUGGUUCCGGCGUGCACUUCUGGAGGACUUCAAGUACCAGCGUGCCCUGCGUCCUACUGUCCGCUUGCUCGCGUCCUGGGUGCCGCCUCUGAGUAGGGCGGGCGAGGAGGCAGCCGAGGCGGAGCUGAUGGCUGCGCUGAGGGCGGGGCGGGGUGCAGGCUGGAUCCUCCGGGCAUGGCGGGCUUUGGGGGGUAUUCGCUGGGGGAAGAGACCCCUGUUGACCCCUGACCUCCGGGCUCUGCUGACGUCAGGAACUUCUGACCCCCGGGCCCGAGUGACUUAUGGGACCCCCAGUCUCCGGGCCCGGUUGUCUGUUGGGGUCCCUGAACCCCGAGUACGUCUGACGUCUGGGACCCCGUGUCCCCGGGAACAGCUGACUGCGGGGACCCCAGAUACCAGGACCCAGGAGGUCUCUGGGAACUCUGGAAGCCGUUCGCGCGCGUGGCUGGCGGUGGCGCUGGGCGCCGGGGGGGCAGUGCUGUUGUUGUUGUGGGGCGGGGGUCGGGGUCCACCGGCCGUCCUCGCCGAAGUCCCUGGCCCGCCUCCCACCUCUCCCCGGAGUCAGUACAACUUCAUCGCAGAUGUAGUGGAGAAGACAGCACCUGCCGUUGUCUAUAUCGAGAUCCUGGACCGGCACCCUUUCUCGGGCCGCGAAAUCCCUAUCUCGAACGGCUCAGGAUUCGUGGUGGCUGCCGAUGGGCUCAUUGUCACCAACGCCCAUGUGGUGGCUGAUCGGCGCAAAGUCCGUGUGAGACUGCUUAGCGGCGACACGUAUGAGGCCAUCGUCACAGCUGUGGAUCCCGUGGCAGACAUCGCAACGCUGAGGAUUCAGACUAAGGAUCCUCUCCCCACGUUGCCUCUUGGAUGCUCAUCUGAGGUCCGUCAGGGGGAGUUUGUUGUUGCCAUGGGAAGUCCCUUUGCACUGCAGAACACGAUCACAUCCGGCAUUGUUAGCUCUGCUCAGCGUCCAGCCAGAGACCUGGGACUCCCCCAAACCAAUGUGGAAUACAUUCAGACUGAUGCAGCUAUUGAUUUUGGAAACUCUGGAGGUCCCCUGGUUAACCUGGUGAGUGGGACAUCCUUCCUUCCAAGAACCCCUGCCCCAGGUCAGUGUGGGAAGGGUGGUUUUUCCCUAAUUCAAAGAUGUUUGCUCAAGUUUCUGAGCAGUUCUUUAUUGGCUAUCUCUCAACAUCCAACCAGAUUUCCCCAACACUUGAUGCUACUUUUGUUCAGGUGCCCCCAUCCCCUACUAUCUGUUUGGGCUAGGGAACAGGGGGCUCUGUCCCUGCAGGAUGGAGAAGUGAUUGGAGUGAACACCAUGAAGGUCACAGCUGGAAUCUCCUUUGCUAUCCCUUCUGAUCGCCUUCGAGAAUUUCUGCGUCGUGGGGAACAGGAAAAUUCCUCAUGUGGAAUCAAUGGGGCCCGACACUGCUACAUUGGGGUGAUGAUGCUGACCCUGACUCCCAGCAUCCUUGCUGAACUACAGCUUCGAGAUCCAAGGUUUCCCGAUGUUCGGUAUGGUGUACUCAUCCAUAAAGUCAUCCUGGGCUCCCCUGCACACCGGGCUGGCCUGCGGCCUGGUGAUGUGAUUUUGGCCAUUGGGGACAAGGUGGCACGUAGUGCUGAAGAUAUUUAUGAAGCUGUUAGAACCCAACCCAAGAUGGCAUUGCGGAUCCGGCGGGGACGAGAAACACUGACCUUAUAUGUGACCCCUGAGAUCACAGAAUGAACAGAUCAGCAAGAGUAUGAGGCUCCUACUCUGAUUUCUUCCUGCCUUCCUGGCUGAGGCUUGAGGGCGCCGGGACAGAGGGUUAAAUGAACCAGUGGGGGCAGGUCCCUCUAACCACCAGCACUGAUUCCUGGGCUCUGAAGAAUCACAGAAACACUUUUUAUAUAAAAUAAAAUUAUACCUAGCAACAUAUUAUAGUCAAAAAUGAGGUGGGAGGGCUGGAUCCUUUCCCCCACCAAAAGGCUAGAGGUAAAGCUGUAUCCCCCUAAACUUAGGGGAGAUACUGGAGCUGACCAUCCUGACCUUCCUAUUCAAGACAGCGAGCUGUUGCCA